AUGCGACUCAACGAGAGCACCAUCAUAGUGGGCGACAGAGUGCUACUGGUGCCGUACAGAAAGGAGCACGUGCCCAAGGCGAGUCUCGCGAGUUCCCAAUCCCUUCAUUGCUUCUCUCUCUCUCUCUUUCUCUCUCGCGCGCUGCUGCUGCUGCUGCUGCUGCUGAUCGAUUGCGCUGCACCGCACCCCACCGCACCCCACCGCACCCCACCGCAUCAUCAGUAGUAUCACGAGUGGAUGCAGGAUGAAGAGCUGCGCGAGCAAACAGCGUCGGAAGCUUUGAGUUUGGAGGAAGAGUAUGCCAUGCAGCGUUCCUGGCACUUGGACCAUGACAGUGAGCGCCAAACCGCUCGCUUCCCCACUCUUUUGCUCCACACGUGCGGUCCCCCCUCCCCUUCCCCUUCCUCCACUGACAUGAUCGCUGCCGCGCGCACGCACGCAGAAUUGACAUUCAUCGUGCUGAGGCGACGAGCUGACACGGCCAUCUCUUCGGCGCGAGAGGCGCUGCAGGAAGCUGAGAUGGUGGGAGAUGUCAAUCUCUUCCUUUCGCUAGACGACGACGAGGGUGCGGGAGAGGCAUGCUUGGCAGAAGUGGAAAUCAUGAUAGCGGGUGAGAGGCAGCAGCAGCAACGGCAGCAACGGCAUGCGCUUAUUCCCCCCCCUCGUCGCGCUGACUCGCAAGCACCGCCCCGCCCACCCGCGCGCUGCCUUCUUUCAGAACCUCGAGCCAGACGACAAGGCUUGGCCUUCGAGUCGCUCUGCCUCUUGCUGCGCUACGCCACCACCACCACAACCACCACCACCUCCUUCGCCUCCGCUUCCAACAGCUCAUCCCUCUUGCCCCUCGCACCCAACGCAUUCAGAGCCAAAAUAGGUCUGAGCAACACCAAGAGCAGAGCUUUGUUUGCCAAGUUGGGUUUCGAGGAGCACAAGGUGGUGCAGGUGUUCGAAGAGGUGGAGCUCAGGUGGACAGGCUUCAAACAUGAUAGCGGCCCUACAGAAACGCUGCGAUUGCUGCAUUGGCCGCGAGAGGAGCACGACGAGUAG